CCCCUUCACUCCCAAAAAUGGCCGCCGUCGCAGCAGUCCGUCCCCUCGUCACCGUCCAAUCCCUCGAAGGCGACAUGGCCACCGACCAAGCCCAGACGGCUCCUCUCCCUGACGUCAUGAAGGCCUCGAUCCGUCCCGAUAUCGUCACCUUCGUCCACUCCAACAUCUCCAAGAACAGCCGCCAGGCCUACGCCGUCUCCAAGAAGGCCGGCCACCAGACCUCCGCCGAGUCCUGGGGUACCGGCCGCGCCGUCUCUCGCAUCCCCCGUGUUCCUGGCGGCGGGACCCACCGCGCCGGUCAGGCUGCCUUCGGGAACAUGUGCCGCGGCGGUAGGAUGUUCGCUCCGACCAAGAUCUGGCGCCGCUGGCACCGCAAGAUCAACGUGAACCAGAAGAGGUACGCCAUCGUCUCGGCGAUUGCGGCGUCGUCGGUGCCGUCUCUGGUCACGGCUAGGGGUCACAAGAUUGAGAAUGUUCCCGAAUUGCCCCUGGUUAUCAGUGACUCCGCCGAGAGCGUGGAGAAGACCUCUGGAGCUAUCAAGGUGCUGAAGCAGAUUGGAGCUUAUGACGACGCCGAGAAGGCGAAAGACAGCCACUCGAUUCGGCCGGGGAAGGGGAAGAUGAGGAACCGCCGCUACAUCAACCGCAAGGGUCCUCUGAUUGUGUACUGCAGCGAGGGCGCUAAGCUUGUCAACUCCUUCAGGAACAUUCCCGGUGUUGAUAUCAUCAAUGUGGAGAGGCUUAACUUGUUGAAGCUCGCGCCUGGUGGGCAUCUCGGUCGGUUUGUUAUCUGGACCAAGUCGGCAUUUGAGAAGCUGGACUCAAUCUAUGGGUCUUUCGACAAGGCUUCUGAGAAGAAGAAGGGGUAUGUGUUGCCCAGGGCUAAGAUGGUGAAUGCUGACCUUGCUAGGAUCAUCAACUCAGAUGAGGUGCAGUCGGUUGUUAGGCCCAUCAAGAAGGAUGUGAAGAGGGCGCCAUUGAAGAAGAACCCAUUGAAGAACCUCAACACCAUGCUUAGGUUGAACCCGUAUGCCAAGACCGCAAAGAGGAUGGCUCUUUUGGCUGAGGAACAACGCCUCAAGUCUAAGAAGGAGAAGCUCGAACAGAAGAGGAAGGUCACCAAGGAGGAAGCUACUAAAAUCAAGGCGGCUGGAAAAGCCUGGUACCAAACAAUGAUCUCCGACAGUGAUUACACAGAGUUCGAUGUUUUCCAAAAGUGGCUUGGUGUUUCCCAGUAAUUUAGUCUCCUGCUAUAAAAAAAUCCAAGACAUGUUUCAUGUUAGACUAUUUUGUUGUGGUACUUAUCUGUGUCAUUUUGUUAGUUUGAGUCAUGGAUGAGAUGUUGCUGGAAAAUGAGUAUAAUGAGAGUUACAUUUUUCCUACUAUUUGUCCAGUUAAAGUUUUUUUAUAAACAGGUCUGGAAUGAGAUUAGUUACUUAGUUUCUCCAUUUACCAUG